AUGGGAUCGGGGGUCUCUAGACAAGUAGAAAGGCGUAAGGCACUCACAUUAGAGAGGAGAACAUUGUAUGAUCUUCAUGAAUGCUGUGGUGAAGAUUUUCCGGCUUGUGCAUUCAGGCCUGCAGAUAGAAAAAACUGGAUGGAUGACCUUCAUCCUGAGAAGCUUCAGAUAAAUAGGAUUGUUUGGCCCGGAACUCAUAAUUCUGCAACAGACAAAAUUGGAAUCCCAUUCGUCACAAGGCCUUUUGCACAAUGCCAAUCUCUAUCUGUCUAUCAACAGCUUGUGCUAGGCACCAGGGUUCUUGACAUUAGAAUUCAGAAGGAUCGAAAAGUCUGUCAUGGGAUACUUGUCACGUACAGCAUGGAUGUUGUGAUCAAAGAUAUCAAGAAGUUCCUGUCUGAAACACAUUCAGAGAUUAUAAUCCUUGAAGUGCGUACCGAAUAUGGCCAUGAUGACCCUCCUGAAUUCGACAAAUAUUUGGUAAAGCACCUCGGACAAUUUUUGAUCCACCAGAAUGACAAUGUGUUUAACAAGACUGUAGCGGAAGUGUUGCCAAAGAGAAUAAUAUGUGUAUGGAAGCCAAGGAGUUCACCUCAACCAAAAAAUGGGAGCCCUCUGUGGAAUUCGGGUCAUUUGAAGGAUGACUGGAUCAAUACGGAUUUGCCAUCAACGAAAUUCGAAAGCAACCUCAAGUAUUUGAGUGAGCAGCCACCAGUUUCCUCAAGGAAAUUUUUCUACAGGGUGGAGAACACGGUGACGCCGAAGCCUGAUAACCCCAUUGUUUGUGUGAGGCCUGUGACGGGAAGAAUAAAAGAAUUUGCUAGGUUGUUUAUAACACAGUGCUUCUCUAAAGGCAUUGCAGAUAAGUUGCAAAUUUUUUCCACAGAUUUUAUAGACGGGGAUUUUGUUGAUGCAUGUGUUGCAGUUACAUAUGCAAGAGCUGAAGGGAAAGCCUGA